AUCGGUUGUAUCUGAGUGUGUCUCUGAAACUCCGUAGGAAGGUAAAGAAGUCUAAUUGUCAGCCACCUGUAAAAUGUAAUUGAUGCAUCCAAUUCCUCCGUCGUCAAUUCCAAAGCCCCCUUCACUUCUCCCACUUCCAUAAGCACACAACUCAUUCUCCGAUUCCUCCCACCAUGAAGUUCGAACGCCCCUCUAAAACCCUCACCGCCACCGCCUCCAGCUCUUCUCAAGAUGCUCGUUUGCUCGUCCGCGAAACUCUCAGAAUCUCCGCCAAUCUAGCAUCUUCACCUCCGCCGUCGGUGGUUGCGCCUCCGGAGAGUAGGUCGUUAGAGGCCACGAGCUUCGGCCUCGUUGAAGACCAAUUCGUUGAUGCCAGUUUGAGAUUGAUUUGUUAUGAGGAGGUCGACGGCCGUAGGUUUAAGUAUUUGGCACAUAAUAAUGGGAAGAAAUUCAACAAGGGUUCCAAUUCGAUUCGUUCCGUCAGCUUGCAAUCUCGUAAAGCUCCUGCAGAUGAGUUGAUUUCGUUUAUAAGAUCCUAUGUGGUUCCAGAAGGCUUCCCUGACAGUGUUAGCCCUUCAUAUGUGCCCUACAUGACAUGGAGAGCUUUAAAGCAUUUCUUUGGUGGAGCAAUGGGCGUCUUCACCACACAAGCACUUCUGCAUUCUGUUGGUGUCUCCAAAAGCCAAGCUAUGCCUGGUGCUGUAGCUAUCAACUGGAUUAUCAAGGACGGUUCAGGGCGAAUUGGGAAAAUGCUAUUUUCUCGGCAAGGAAAGAAAUUUGAUUAUGAUUUGAAGCAGCUUCGAUUAUCAGGUGACCUUUUGAUGGAGUUGGGUGCCGGUGUAGAAUUAGCCACUGCAGCUGCACCUCACCUCUUUCUUCCUCUUGCCUGUGCUGCCAAUGUUGCAAAGAAUGUUGCUGCUGUUACAUCGACAUCAACACGUACUCCAAUAUACAAGGCCUUUGCAAGGGGUGAAAACAUAGGUGAUGUUACUGCCAAGGGAGAAUGUGUUGGAAAUGUUGCAGAUUUGUUGGGAACGGGAUUGAGCAUCAUUAUAGCUAAAAGAAAUCCUUCAUUGUUCACCACAUUUGCUCUACUCUCUUGUGGAUACCUUUAUAGCUCUUACAGAGAGGUAAAAUCUGUUGUGCUGCAUACAUUGAAUCGAGCAAGAUUUACAGUGGCAGUAGAAUCGUUUCUCAAAACAGGCUGUGUACCAAAUUUGCAAGAAGGAAACAUGAUGGAAACAGUAUUUAAUUUCCCAUGGUGUAAAGACAGACCAAUUGUUCUUGGCUCAAGAUUUAAGGAUGCAUUUCAAGAUGCAAAAUCAUUUUAUGACGUGGAGCCUGUUUUUGAGAAAGAGAGAUAUGUAGUGGCGUAUAAUCCUGCCAAAGGGAAUAUAUAUGCAGUCCUGAAAGAUGAAGCAAAAUCUGAUGAUAUUUUGAAAGCAGCUUUCCAUGCUCAUGUGCUUCUCCACAUAAUCCGCUCAUCAAAAGACAGCCAAAUUAUAAACGAAAAUACAAAUACAAGCGGUGAUCAUUCAACUCUUUUGCCAACACCCUCAGAUCUUCAAGGCCACGUGGCAGAAUCUUAUAGCAUCGUGUCUGCUUUGUAUGGGUCUUUUAAGACGAAAGCUAAAGAACAGGGGUGGGUGAUGUCAGAUUCCCUUCUCAAUCCUGGUCGGGCCCGCAUAUGUCAACAAGUUAAAUAAUGACUCACAUGACAUAGUAAUCUUAUGGAUUUCCGUUGGGAAAAUUUUAAACUGUUUAUCCUUAUUACAUUAUUCACGCCUUCGGUUUGUAUAUGCAAGCAAUUUUUUUUUUUUUUU